CCUCCUAACCCACACCAUACUCAACCAAACCCACAAAAAUUUCACCUCCCUUUUCACUCAGACCUCUGAUUUUCGCUUUUUUGUUUCCUUUUCACAGAAAUCAACAGAAAGAUGUAUCAUCAGGAAAAUGGCGAUUUCGAUCAAAGCAGCAUUUCACACGGAAGUGGAAUGACUCAAGCUGAGAACGCUUUCUCCCAAAACCAUUUCUCAAUGGAGGAGCAAUCCUACCCCCAAAACGACGUCGCUGCCGCCGUCGCAGCGGCGUCGGCUCUGGAGAUGGAGCUUCAGCAGCAGCUCGAGAUCGAGCAGUGCUACACCAACAAAACCGGCGCCGAGAUCCCCCACGAUUCCUCAAACUGGCCAGAGAUGGCCGGAUUCAACGCCGAGAACGGCCACUACCACCACCAAUCGCAGAAUCCGGCAGCCGAUUUCAACCAAAUGUACGCCGCCGCAUCUUCCAUGGUUGCCGACGCCCCCGAUUUGCUCAACAUAUUCCCCCUCCCGCGCCCGUCUCUCAUCCCCAAUUUCUCGCAGAAAUCCCCGGCUUUCCUCGCCUCGCUGGGGCUGCUCGGAGACGUCAACGUCAGCCCCUCUGCCGACGGCUCCUCCGCCUCCAGCGGCGUCCUCUACGAUCCUCUCCUCCCGCUGAAUCUCCCCCCUCAGCCGCCUCUCCUCAGAGAGCUCUUCCACUCUCUCCCCCACGGCGGUGGGGUUUACUCGCUCGGCGGAGGUCUCUUCACUAACGGCGUUGAUGAGAGAGAGCCAAACGUCGGUCUGUACCAAAACGGCGUUGAUCGUGUCUACGAAUUCAACGCGACCGAGAUCGGCGGUAAAAAUCGAGACGGAAUCAAAGACGCGAAGCAUUUCGCGACGGAGAAGCAUAGGAGAGUGCUGUUGAAUGAUAAGUAUCAAGCUCUCAGAUCCUUGGUUCCUACUCCAACUAAGAAUGACAGAGCGUCGAUCGUUGGCGACGCGAUCCGGUACAUCGACGAGCUGAAGAUGACGGUGGCGGAGCUGAAAGGUUUGGUGGAGAAGAAGAGAUGCGCAAGGGAGAGGCUGAAGCGGCCGAAGAUGGAGGAGCAUGAAGGUGAAUCGAAGUGCGUGGGAGACAUGAACGGAUCCUCGCUAAGGAGCUCGUGGCUGCACAGGAAGUCGAAGAACACGGAGGUAGAUGUGCGGAUCAUCGACGACGAGAUCACCGUGAAGCUGGUGCAGCAGAAGAGGAUCAACUGCCUGCUCUUCGUCUCGAAGGUGCUUGACGAAUUGCAGCUCGAUCUCCACCAUGUUGGUGGUGGACUAAUUGGGGAUUACUACAGUUACCUUUUCAAUUCCAAGAUUUGCGAGGGUUCGAUCGUGUACGCGAGCGCAGUGGCGAACAAGCUUAUCGAGGUUGUGGACAAGCAGUAUGCGGCGGUUCCACCGCCGGCAGGUAGCUAUUGAGCUGACGUUGGAAAUUAGUUUUAACUAUUAAUUACAGUUGAUCUGUAGCUAGAAAAUCUUACUUCAACAUUAUAACAUUAAUUCAUGCUUGUAAUAGUUUAAUGCACAAAUGGCUAAACAUCUUUACUUUGAU